AGCCCACUGGAAUGGCGAGCAUGGCCCCUGGUUUUCACUCCCCUCACGCCAAAACCAACUGUCUUUCUCUUUCAGCUAACCCUAAACUCCUCCAUUUCUCUAUCUCUCCCUUUUUAUACCCAUCAAAUCCUCCCCACCCUCCUCUCCUUCUUCACCAGAAGAAGAAGAACCAACAACACCUCCCUCUCUCUCCUUUUACCACUCCACUACAAUCGACCCGUACAAACCACCCUGUGCAUCACUAUCCAUUCCCUCUCCCCCUCCUGUUUCACCCUCUUUGUCUUCUACUUCUCGUUUCCUGGUCUAUUACUGGAUUUGAAUUUCGCAUUUUGCUGCACCCAGAUCGAUACGUUUGUUUUGUUUUUUUCUUUUUUUCUCGAGUUUUUGUGAAGGAGAGUUGAAGCUUUCGGUUGAAUUGUGCGGUUUUGGAGUGUGAAUGGGGAUUGAGACGACGUUGCCUCAUCGAAGAGAGAAUAAGGCGCUUCAUCCCUCGCCGGAGGAGACGAAUUCGAUUAGCAAGCCCAGGAAGUCCCGGCGACGUCAUCGCAAGAUGUCGCCGGUGCAGAAGCUUUACGAGACGUGCAAGGUUGUGUUCUCCUAUUGCGGCGCCGGGAUUGUUCCAUCCUCCGAAGAUAUCCAGAAGCUAUGCUCUGUUGUGGAUGCUAUGAGACCUGUCGAUGUUGGCCUGACACCUGAGCUGCCAUACUUUCGACUCACAACAGCUUGGCGAACCCCGCUAAUCACAUACUUGCAUCUGUUUGAGGGUGACAAAUUUUCAAUGGGGAUAUUCUGUUUGCCGCCUUCAGGUGUAAUUCCAUUGCAUAAUCACCCAGGCAUGACGGUUUUCAGUAAGCUUCUUUUCGGGACAAUGCACAUCAAGUCUUAUGACUGGGUGGUUGAUGCCCCUGAGAAAACAUCAACAACUGAGAAUCAACAACUGACAAUUGAGAAUCAGCAACCGGCAACUGAGAAUCAGAACCCGGCAAUUGAGAAUCAGCAGCCUACAGCAGAUAAUUCGAUUCCUCCCCAAGUUAAUGCGGUUGCACCUCCUGGUACCCGCUUGGCAAAAAUGAAGGUUGAUGCUGACUUUACUGCUCCUUGUGACACUUCAAUCCUCUAUCCAGCUGAUGGAGGCAACCUGCAUUGCUUCACUGCAGUGACAGCAUGUGCGGUGCUUGAUGUGCUCGGUCCCCCUUAUUCUGAUCCCGAUGGUCGCCACUGCCAAUACUACCUUGAUUUCCCAUUUUCUCAGUUCACAGUUGAUGGAGUAUCAAUCCCAGAAGAGGAGAAGGAAGGUUACGCAUGGCUUCAAGAGAUUGAGAAACCAGACGACCUAGCUUUUGUUGGAGCGCUGUACAGCGGCCCGAAAAUACAGGAGAAAUGAGUUUUUUCUCCCUUUUCAUAGCUAUCUACAUCAUGCCAUGAAAGUACACAAGUAUCACCAUCAUCACCGUACCAUUUCCUCGUAUCCACCCAUCUACAUCACAGACAUUCCAUUGCCCCAAAACCAUGUCGCCCUCAUGUCAGUCGUCGCUGCUGCAUAAAUUCUGUGCAUCAGCAGUAGCCACAGUAGUAGAGUUUCUGUUUUUUUUUUUUCCCCUGUUUUGCUCUGUAUUUUUUUUUUAUCUGUUGUUGGUGGGACAUGAAGCACAACUCGGCCGGUGCUUUUUAUAAUUCAUGUACAUACUCAGAAAGGCAAAAACAAACU